CCUCCCCUCCGCCAUGGCGGCCGAGAGCGGCAGGCAGUUCUGGAAGCGGAGCGCCAAGCUGCCGGGCAGCAUUCAACCUGUCUACGGAGCACAGCAUCCUCCGCUGGAUCCCCGGCUCACCAAAAACUUCAUCAAGGACCGCUCCAAGGCCAACGCACUGCCUAUGAAAAGCAAGAAGGCCUCCAGCUUUCACGAGUUUGCCCGCAACACCAGUGAUGCCUGGGACAUCGGUGAUGACGAAGAUGAGGACUUCUCUUCCUCCUCUUCUUCUUUGCAAACUCUGAACUCUAAAGUGGCCAAGGCCACGGCAGCCCAGGUUCUGGAGAACCACAGCAAGCUGCGGGCAAAACCCGAGCGGGCCCAGUCCGCUCUCAGCGACAUGCCCACCAACUGCAAGGUCAUCAAGUCCAGCAGCGAGGCCCAGCUCUCCAGGACAUCUGAGGAGGCCUGUGUGCGGACCCCCCUUCAGAAGCAGCAGUCCCUUCCCCUUCGGCCCGUCAUUCCGCUUGUCGCCCGAAUCUCUGACCAAAAUGCUUCGGGUGCUCCCCCCAUGACGGUGAGGGAGAAAACCCGCCUGGAGAAGUUUCGGCAGCUCCUUUCCAGCCACAACACGGACCUGGAUGAGCUGAGGAAAUGCAGCUGGCCUGGUGUGCCCAGAGAGGUCCGGCCCGUGACGUGGCGUCUCCUCUCAGGUUAUCUCCCCGCAAACAUGGAGCGGCGAAAGCUGACUUUGCAGCGUAAGCGGGAGGAAUACUUUGGCUUCAUCCAGCAGUAUUACGAUUCCCGGAAUGAGGAACACCAUCAAGACACCUACCGACAGAUCCACAUCGACAUUCCAAGGACCAACCCACUCAUCCCCCUCUUCCAGCAGCCGCUCGUCCAGGAGAUCUUUGAAAGAAUCCUGUUUAUCUGGGCCAUUCGACACCCAGCCAGCGGCUAUGUACAGGGAAUCAAUGACCUGGUCACUCCGUUCUUUGUUGUGUUCCUCUCUGAGUAUGUUGAAGAGGACGUGGAGAACUUUGACGUGACGAACCUGUCGCAGGAUGUUUUACGGAGCAUCGAAGCCGAUAGCUUCUGGUGCAUGAGCAAGCUGCUGGACGGGAUACAGGAUAACUACACCUUUGCACAGCCGGGGAUCCAGAAGAAAGUCAAAGCCCUGGAGGAGCUAGUCAGCCGGAUCGAUGAGCAGGUACAUAAUCACUUUAGGAAGUACGAGGUCGAAUACCUGCAGUUUGCCUUUCGCUGGAUGAACAAUCUGCUUAUGAGGGAGCUGCCUCUUCGCUGCACCAUCCGCCUCUGGGAUACCUACCAGUCGGAGCCAGAAGGAUUCUCACAUUUCCAUCUGUACGUCUGCGCCGCCUUCUUGAUCAAGUGGCGGAAGGAGAUCCUAGAUGAGGAAGACUUCCAAGGCCUUCUCAUGUUGUUACAAAACCUGCCCACGAUACACUGGGGUAACGAAGAAAUUGGACUCCUGCUCGCUGAAGCCUACAGACUCAAGUACAUGUUUGCAGAUGCCCCCAAUCAUUACCGCCGAUAGGUGCCAGGACUCGACUCCCUCCUCUCCCCCAUGCCCACCUCCUCGUCCUGGCCCGAUCUGAUCACUGUGGCAUUUUUGUCGUCCCAAGUCCUCGGACACUCCGGCCGGGAGCUGCUCCUCGCUGUACAAAGCUCACAUCGACUCUUGUCUUAACUCUUAACGUGUGCCUGUCUGCCACUCCAUGCGCCUGGAUGUGCCACUCCAACAACCGUCAGUAUUUCACGCCGUGCCGGUGGCUCGAGUCAGGGAGAGAGGCUUGAAGGGGCUGCGGGAGGACGUGGGGGGGCAGCUUUACAGAUAAACUGAGCCGAGGACGAAGCCCUCCUCUCCUCUCCACUCCCUGCCCUGGGCUUGUCCGGCUGGGACCACCUUGGCUUUGCUGCCUCGUGCCACCACGUGCGCUGCCCCGGCUGCUCCCUUCUCUCUUCUGACGCCGUUCGCUCCAACUCCCAGAUGAAAAUGCCUUAUCAGAGACCCGCCUGGCCGGAAAAUCCUUCCCCCCCCGAGGGCGGCAGGGCAAGAAGUUUCUCUCAGGGCCUAGCUUCGCUCCGAGGGUCCGGAGACCCCAAGCACUUUUGUGGGUUCACGAGAGAGCCCCUCGCGCCUGCCCUCUCUCCUUCUCUCCAUCCUCUUCGCCUCCCUCUCCCCCAGGGCAGCGAGGUGGGCACGGCGGGCUGGGGGGAUUCUACCCGUGGUUCGAACGAUGCGUGCCAGCUUGACGGGACUUUUGGUGACUGAUGUGCUGUCGGUACAGCCCCCUCCGGCGCGGGGGGGAGGCGCG